GGCGGGAAAGUUGAGGAAUUCCCAAGGGAUGGAUCCUGAUGAAGAGGAGCAGGAAAAGGAAGGAAAACUGGAUUUUUCACAGGAUUCCGGAACCUUCUCCCGAAAUCCCCGCGGCCCCGCCCCGCCCCCGGCCCCUCCCAGUUCUCCCAGUACGUCCCAGUGCCGCGAGCCGGAGCCGCCGGACGGGGACGGGGACGGGGACGAGCGACGGCUCCGACGGCUCCGACGGCGCCUCCGGGAACUGCGGGAACGGCUGAGGGAGAGGAAGGAGCAGGGAGGGGGAAGUUUGGGAACUGCGCGGGGUCCCCGGGAGGAGCUGCAGGAGCAGAUCCGCGAGUGCCGGGACCUGCUCAGCCUCUUCCGCCUCACGGGGAUCAGCGGCCGGCUCUCCCAGCACGGUUUCUCCUUCUCCUUGCACACGGCUUUCGAGGGCCGUUUGCUGGAUCGCUUCGAGCUGGAGCUUCGGCAGUUCGGGGAGCCGCGGGAGCCCCGCGUGGGCCGCCAUUGCAUCCCCCCCUUCGUGCCCCUGCAGCGCCUGAGCCGCCAGUGCCUGCCCCGGCGGCCGCGCCGCUUCCUGGAGCUGCUGCUGCUGCACCU